ACCCCGCUCUCCCCUCCCUUCACUACAAACACACUGCACGCGCACUACAAAAACAUGGCGGAUUAACGUCACAUUUGAGGUAUUUAGCCAAGUUCGAACGAGGUAACUUGCCACGUUUACCUUCCUACCUUCCUAUUAAUACAUUACUUACAUUGUAUAAACACAGCUUUACUAAGUUCUCGAGGAAACCGAGUAAACAUCCAUAGACUGCUAGCUAGAUGAGUACCGUUGGUUUGCUAAGCUAGGGCAUAUGCAGUGCUAUUGUUGUUAGCCUAGCUAGCCGAUACACACGCCUGUUAUUAGCUAGGCUAGCUCACAUACACAUUGCCGUUGUUGUUAGCCUAGCUAGCCUGCUGUGUAAGCUGGUGGAAUUGGGUUUUGUUAGCUUAGCGCCUAGCUAGCUCGCAGACACUAGCUAAGUUACCUCAUAGACAUUGCUGUUGUUAUUGUUGUUGUUGUUGUUGUUGUUAGCUUAGCUAUGCUAUCUACUGAGAAUAUCCUGGAGUGUGUGACGUCCCAGCAUAUAUUACUGAAACACACAGAUCACUGAACUGGACAUUUCUAAGCAUAUUUUCUAAGAGAUAUCCCAGUGUAGAGAAGACAUAUCUAUUUUUAAGAUGUAAUUAUUUAGCUCGCCUAGUAACGAGUUUUAAAUCAACCUUAGGAGGCACGUGAUGCUAAUCCCAUUAGCUGUUUAUUUGGUCUCCAACUCAUUUAAUUCUACAAAAGCGUUCUUCACUAACAGCUCCUGAGUGCUUGUGCUUUAUUACAGCUAGGUCGAGUCCCAAAUUGCUCUGUAGUCCGUAUAAAAGUGCACUAUAUAAGCUGUGAAAUAAUGGCUCAUGAACACUAUGUAGUGCACUUGGGUGUCAAAUAGGACGUCGUUUAUGACUGAGCCUUAGAUUUACUGCGUCCCAGGAACAUAACGUUGCUGCCUGUCAUUAUUUGGCGAAGAGAGAGAGAGAGAGAGAGAGAGAAGGAAAGAGAGAGAGAAAGAAAGAAGGGAGGGAGGGAGGGAGGGAGGAACUCUCCUGCAUUUGGACGCCAUCCUUGAAAAAAGGCGCCCUUCUUUUGAAAAGAAGAGAAAACAGAACUGAAGUGAAGGCACCGUGUUCCCACACUAAUGCAGGACUAAGGGCAAACCAAAUAUAACAGAAUCAUGAAAAAACCUGUACCAGCAAAAGUUAUUGAGUGGAAAGAUGGCAGACGGAUCAAGCAUUCCCGCAGUGGACGUCCCUCACGAGUUCCCUCGCAGUAUCAAGCAAUGUAGAUUACUUUCUCCACUUCCAGAGCCUCAGCUGAAAGGCCACUUCAGUUGGGAUAAGUAUCUGAAAGAGACAGGUGCUAUAGCUGCCCCGGGUCACUGUUUCAAACAGAGCACUACAUCUCCGGUCAAUGAGUUCAAGGCAGGAAUGAAGCUGGAAGCUCAGGAUCCCAGGAAUACGACUUCUACCUGCAUCGCUACAGUGGUGGGGCUGACCGGCUCACGUCUCCGGCUGCGUCUCGAUGGGAGUGACAACAAAAACGACUUCUGGCGCCUGGUGGACUCGUCUGAGAUCCAGCCCAUCGGGAGCUGCGAGAAGAAUGGAGGCAUGCUGCAGCCACCCCUGGGGUUCCGUCUGAACGCGUCGUCCUGGCCCAUGUUCUUACUGAAAACACUCAACGGAGCCGAGAUGGCACCAGCACGCAUCUUUCACAAGCAGGAACCUCCUUCUCCAGAGCAGAAUCAUUUCCAGGUGGGGAUGAAGCUAGAGGCGGUGGACAGGAAGAACCCUCAUUUUAUCUGUCCUGCCACAGUCGGGGCGUUGCGAGGAGUGGAGGUGCUGGUCACCUUCGACGGCUGGAGGGGAGCUUUUGACUAUUACUGCCGUUACGACUCUAGAGACAUCUUUCCUGUAGGCUGGUGCACUCUCACUGGAGACAACCUUCAGCCGCCUGGCACUAAAGUGGGUUUGCCAAGGCCACUGGGUGCUUCAGGUGCGCUACCUGACAGCAGUGUGGAGGGCACAGACAUGCCCAUGCCCCCAGCGCCCAGCAGGCCUCCUGCCCAGAAGCGCCGUAAACCUGGACGCAAGAAAAACAAGCCAUCCAGCUCCUGGGCUCAGAAAGACAGCACCUCUACUGAGGUGCAACAGACAGAUCAACCUGGAAAUGGACCAGAACCUGUGAAAAUCCCGAAGAAGAGAGGGCCCAAGCCUGGGAGUAAGAUGGGUUGGGUUAAGCAUGCUGCAUGGUUGGAAGGGUCAAUGGCAGGUCCGGGCAGACCCAGAGGCCGAAUGUCAGCUAACUGGACUCAGAAACUGCAUCAGCAGAAUGAGAUAGAAACCAUCAAGAUCCCAAAGAAGAGAGGCCCCAAACCUGGCACCAAGAGAAAACAGCGUGUGGCUUCUGACCCAGUGCCUACAUCCCCCACCAGUAGCACUCCCGAACCUGACACCAGCUCUGUGCCACUGGAUAACGCCACCAUCCCCAGCGCUGCCAUGCAGGCUCCAACAGUGUGUGUGUAUCUGAAUAAGCAGGGGAAGGUGGGUCCUCACUUGGACGCGCGGCGCGUGCAGGCUCUGCCAGACCACUUUGGGCCGGGACGGGCGUCUUCAGUGCUGCAGCAGUGUGUUCAGGCCUGCGUGGACUGCGCACAUAAUCAGAGGGUUGUCUUUUCCUGUCUCAAACCAGGUCAUGGAGGAGAGCUCAUCUCAGCGCACUUUGACCAGAAGCAGCACACUCUUACACUGCCGGCGGUGAACAGUGUGACGUAUGUGCUGCGCUUCCUGGAGAAGCUCUGCCACAAUCUGCGCUGUGAACCACUGUUCGGCAGCCAGCCCGUGCCUCUGGGAGGAGGGCAUUACGACAGCCACAGCUACACAGAGAGGAGGAGCUUCUCAGAGUGUCUCAGUUCAGGACCCGGUCGAGGGACAAAGAGAUUUCUGUCAGACAGCUCACUGUCACACAAAAUGGCUAAAAGCCACUGCCUCUCAUCUGAAGAGUCUUUUCUGGUGGAGAAUGGAGGCUCGGAACAUUUGGAGAAAACGCGAAUGUCCCCGAAUAAGGCUCUGAGUUUGCACACUCACUCUCAGAGCAACAUCUCUCCUGGUCAGCUGUGUCGCCUUGGCUCUGCAGGUUCAGAGCGUUUCCUGAACUCCAGAGAAAGCCCUCGGCCCAGUGGGCAGGAUCCAAACCUGUGGACGGUAGAGGACGUCAUGCACUUCAUCCGAGAGCUGGAUCCUCAGUUGGGGCCACAUGCAGAGCUUUUCCGCAAACAUGAGAUUGACGGGAAGGCUCUCCUUUUACUGCGAAGUGACAUGAUGAUGAAGUACAUGGGCCUGAAGCUCGGUCCCGCCCUUAAACUCACCUUCCACAUCGACAAACUGAAACAGGGUCGCUAAGCACGAGAGGCUGACCUUUAACCCCUCCUCUACUCCACCAAGCACAUAGCAUAGUGGAAACCUUAAGUCCACUGAAGCUUUACUGAAGCAUUACUGUCACUGCAGUGGUCAUUUCUGUAUGUGUGUCUCUUUGUCGGUUACCUGUUCGUGUCUCCUUGUCCUUUGUUUUGGUGCCCAUUACGUGUAGCACACUCACCCCCUUUCUCACGAUAGGGUCAGUUAAUUAACGCACAUUUCUCUAAACAACGUUCUAUGUGUUCCUGUUUUUGCCAGAGCUAUGCAGGAUCAGAGCUGCAUGGACAGUAUAAACAGGCCAUUUUCAGGCCUCCGUUUUUUUAAAUACGCUCUUAUUUUUAUCGCCUAUAGCCACAGUCGAAAAGGGCUUGGAUUUUUUUUUCCUCCGAUUUUCUUUUAACAGAGAUCACACAAACACUAGAUCUGUCCCACUGAACUUUGGGACUGGUUCUAAUUCAUGUCUCGCUCUGAGGCACUUUCAUAUCUAAUACUGAACUUUAUACAUAUCUACACACCUAACCUGCAAUUAAUGCCAUGAUAAACUGCAUUUCUUUUGUAUGGUCUUGUUUAUUAUGUGUCUGUGGUUAAUUUGUACUUUUUUACAGUUUUAUACUAUAUUGUUAGAGUUCAUACAUUGUGAUAAGACUGAAAUAAAAAUAUGAAGUCAUUUGACAGAUUUUAAA